CAAGCCUAUUUAGUAAUGUCAGCAGCCUAAUAGGCAUAAUGUAAGGCAACGCUUAUGAUGAAAAUAAAAAUGAAAUAAAUCACACUCCAUUUUUGCAGAAAAGCUUAUCCUUUGUGUAGUCAUUGGUGCUACAUACUGUAUGAUCCCCUUCUUGUUUGGCACAACACACUGAUCACACCUUAUUUAGUUAUGACCAUAUUUAUUUAUCUGCUAUUUUCAUAUCACGAAGUCAUGGCCAUGACUGGAUUAUCUCAUUGUCAUGCCUAAUGAGGUCACGGUCAUGCAUUAGGAUCCCAUUCCCACUUAUUAAUAAUUCAUAGUUUUUAUUAAGAAGGGAUGUCACCAGCGUCAUUGUAUUAGAGAGUUUAAAAAUGACCAAUGAAAAAGAGUAUUUUUGCACAUGUGUUUAGAACCGUGACAGUUUUUGCAUGCCCUAGGUUGGAUGUGUAGUAGUGUAAGUAUAAGGAUCACUUCUGUAAACUGGUUUGAGCUCAGUUGGUUGUUAUUAGUUGCUUUGACUGCGCACACAUGACAGAAUUAUGAACGUGUGCACAUAGUUGUAACCUUUUUUCAUUGUGCACCUUUGGAGUUGACAGGACACAGGUCUUUUAUAAUGUACCGUUUCGGCCAAAGGUUUGCAUACCCCUUGCAGAAUCUGCUAAAUCUUAAUACUGUUAACAAAAUAAGAGGGAUCAUAAAAAUCCCAUGUUGGUUUUUUUAUUUAGUUCUGUCCUGAAUAAGCUAUUUCACAUAGCAGAUGUUUACAUAUAGUCCACAAGACAAGAUAAUAGCAGAAUUUAUAAAAAUUAUACCCGUUCAAAAGUUUACAUACGCUUGAUUCUUAACACUGAGUGCUAUUACCUGGAUGAUCCACGACUGUUUUUAUGUUUUGUGAUAGUUGUUCAGUACUGCCCUUCAGAAGCUAAAUAAGAUAGUUACAUGUCUCCCAUAAGAUAAAAUACUAACAAUUUACCAUCCUGUUCAACAGUUUACAUCCCUCUGGCUCUUAAUGCAUUGUUUUGCCUUCUUGAGCAUCAGUGAAUGUUUGCACCUUAUGUAAUAGUUGUGUAUGAGUCCCUCAGUGUGAAAAGAUGGAUCUCAACAUCAUAUAGUCACUGUUGGAAAGGGGUCAAAUACGCAGAAGAUGCUGGAAAAGCAAAGAAUGUGCAGGACCUGGAGGAUUUUUCUGAAGAACAGUGGACAGAGUUUAACUGCUCAGGACAAACAAGGGACUCAUGAACAACUAUCACAAAACAUAAACACAGUUGCUGAUCAUCCAGGGACGGACGAAGAUACCGAACGGCUGAUAAAGUGGCGCACGGUGCAUAACUAUUUAUUUUCUGGGAAGAGGUCAUCAGCCAGAAAUGGUUGGGAAGCAUUUAUACGUGAGAAUCAGGCAAAACUGGAUGUUAAGUGGACAGCCAGGCAAGCUAAAAAGAAAUGGGAUAAUUUAAAAACAAAACACAAGGAAAUAAAAAAUCUAGGAAAUGACAUAGAAUCAGUCAAUUCAAACACAUGGCGAUGGUUCUGUCUGAUGGAUCAGGCUGUGGAGAGCUCAGCAGGAAGCAGAGUUCACCCUAAGAAUGCCAGAACUGCUUCAUCAGACUGCGGUGAUGAUAUCACGUGUCCACCGCAGCCCUGCAAGAAGCUGUGCCAGGUGCAAGUAGGAGGCGACAUUUAUGAACUUCUUGCGAACUCGGUGAUUGAAGUUCAAGGAGGAAGUGGAAUGACACUAGGAGCUGGAGAAACUGCAUCAGACUGUGUCUCAGUCAAGGAAAAGAAACACAGACAUGGGAAAGACGUAGAAAAUGAUACGCUCUCAGAAAUUGCAACCAACACGGACAGCCUGAAGAAGGAAAAGCUGUUGCUGGAGAAGGAGCAUGCUGAGGUGGACAGAGAGAGAGUAAUCCUCGAGAAAGAGAGGGAUCUGACAGAGAGAGUGAACACUGUGCUCCAGAGAGACCGAGCCCAGUUGGAGAAAGAUAGGGCCGCUUUAGACCGGGACAGAGCAUCACUGGAACAGGAGCGAGCCAGGAUAGAAAAAGACAGAGCGGCUCUGGAGAGGGACAGGGCAACACUAGAACGAGAUAAAGACAGAUUCAUGGCUAUGGUUCUUGGCCGAAACAGCGCAGAACACAUUGACAUGGACCCCACACACAGGGAGGAUAGAAAAAGAUUAAUAUUCUUAUUUGAAAGACUGAUUGAGAGAUUUUGAGUCAGUUUGGAUCUGAAUACAUCUGAAUAAACUAUUGAACUGUCAA